AAGUAUAAACCAUCAUGGGUCAGGCACCAUACAAAACAGGCCCAUCUGUGUUCCUCUGCCACGCCGGAGAAGACAAGGACAGAUUUGUGGAACCUUUGUACAAAGCUUUAGUAGCCAACGGUCUUAAACCUGACGACAUCUUUUAUGACAAAUUCAGUAUCCAAGCAGGUCAUGACAUAAAAAAAUCUAUUGAAUCAGCCCUUGCUAGUCCCAACUUACAGCUGGUUGUCACCGUUUUAAGCAGAAACCUCCUCUGCGAACACAAGUACUGGCCUAAAAGAGAAUUCGAACUGGCUCAAAGAUAUGGCUUGCCGAUUUUUCCUGUCUGGCUGGGGCAUGACUUUGGAGAUUUUGAUACGUUGGUGAGAAAAUACUCCCCGACUUUGAAAGGUAUAAGGGCACUUUCCGUUACUUGUGACAGUCAAACGGGAAUUGUUGAGGACAAAAUCAUACAGGAUGUUGCAGAUAACAUCAUCAAAGAAUUGCCGAAGACAACAAAACGUAGCAACGCAGGAUUUGGUGUUUUGGCCUUGGUCGCUGCCAUUGUGGUCGUCAUUGCAGUCAUUUCUCAAUUUAUUACAGGUUGUCCCAUUCCAAACCGUCCUGAGAACGGCCAAGUACGUUUUGAGACCCGCACACACGGCUCCCUGGCGACUUACACCUGCACUGCAGGGUACGACCUGGCCGGGCUCCACAUGCGGGAGUGUGUCAACGGGCAGUGGACGGGCAGUCAGCCGGUUUGUGAGAAAACAGUGGUGCUGUGUCCACCUGUCGAAGGCCCGGCGAACGGAGCCGUACAGGUGUCGGGAAGACAGACCGGGGACAGGGCCAGGUUUACCUGUGCUCCUGGGUACGAGAUGAAGGGGACACAGAGUACCCUGUGUCAGGACGGAGUCUGGGUUGGGGACAAGCCGACAUGUGAGCCUAAAGGUAAAGACGUGUAUUAUGAAAUAAAUAUGGAACUAUAUGAAAUCCCUGAAUAG